UUUUUAAGAACAGCUGGGUCUUCUGUGUGGAUAUUGUCCACGCUGAACAUGAUGACGGCUGCCCACAGACGAUUAUCCAUCAUGUCUGUGACCUCGCCGCCAAUUCUGUCUGUGGUUCCGUCGCGUGCGCUCGUCGAUGAGACGUUCAAGGUGCAGGUGAAGAAUCUGCCAGCGGGGCUUCCAGUCACGCUUCACUCGCUCUACCGGUCCGAGCAAAAAGACGACUGGGAGGCUUAUGGUCACUAUGUCAGCGACCACACGGGAACCGUGUCCGUUCCAGAUGACUUUAGUUUUGGGGGAACGUACACGGGAAAAGAAGCCAUGGGUUUGUUGUGGAGCAUGUGUCCUGUCCCAGGCAGCCCUGAAGGGCUCAGGUUGAGGGUGAUGAACGUCUGCAGCCCCAUGCUGGUCAACAUCUCAGUCUACAGAGGACAUGUUGUCGAGGGUUUCAGAGAUCAGGAUCCUCUGGCUUCAGUGGUCACAGAGAGAUGGUACAUGGCACCAGGGGUCCAGAGGAUUGAGAUCAGAGAGGAAGAACUGCGAGGGACUUUAUUUAUACCUCCAGGUCCGGGUCCCUUCCCUGGUUUGUUGGAUAUGUGGGGAGGUGGUGGAGGGCUGGUGGAGUACCGCGCCUCCCUGCUGGCAUCUCAUGGUUUUGUCACUCUGGCACUGGAUUAUUAUACCCCCAAAGGAGCAGAUACAAGAAAUACAGAGUUGAGCUUGUUUGAGUCUGCCUUUAAUGUCAUCAAGGACCAUCCCAAAGUCAUCCAGGACCGAGUUGGAAUUUUUGGUCUUUCCCUUGGAGCGGUGGUGACUCUGAAUCUGGCAGCUUUGAGCACCGUCAUCAAUCCUCGCUGUUGUGUUUGCAUCAAUGGAAACCAUUUAAAUUUGGUGAAAGGCCUCAACACCAUCUCAAACCUUCUUUCCAGUAACUAUCACAGAUUACACGUGGACGAGCAGAAUCGACACAUAUGGCGACAGAUCGGUGAAGCGCUGCUCAACGAUCCCGAGCAGAAACUGGACGUGGGGAGGAUAAAGUGUCCAGUGUUGCUGGUAAACGGUCACGAUGAUCAGAACUGGUCCACAGUCAAGUGUUCGGAGGACAUGGCUCAGUUGAUGCGUGCAGCUGGAAACGAUCACCUGCUGACGUUGCUGAAUUACCCCGACGCUGGACAUCUGAUUGAGCCACCGUUUUCGCCUCACUUCAGAGCCACCAACUUUAAAUCCAACCUCCAAACAGGAAAAGUGGUUAUGCUUUGGGGAGGACAAACCAAACCUCAUUCAGAUGCUCAAGAAGAUGCUUGGAAGAAGAUUUUGGUUUUUCUGGAGCAGAAUCUGUACUAUAGCCCAGGUCUCAAAGCCAGACUGUGAAGGAUCACAGAAACACAGGAAGCUCAUAAUCGAUCACAGAAA